AAAAUAUUGUUUGUCAUCCAUUAGAGCAUAUUAAGCCACGUAGGUUAUCACAUCUUAUUUCGUCAAAAAUGUCUAACAAAAUUAUUGAAUAUUUAGGAGGAACUGUAAAGGGAAAUAAUGGGUCGAACUUCGUCAGCACUGAAUCAUUUAGCGGCAGUGGAAAAGUUGUUGGUUUAUACUUCUCUGCUCAUUGGUGUCCACCAUGUCGAAGCUUCACACCAGUAUUAGCAAAAAAAUAUACAAAAUAUAAACAAGAAUACCCAUCAUUUGAGAUCGUGUUUGUCAGUUCAGAUAGAAGUGAAAACGAUUUUGACUCCUACUUUGGUGAAAUGCCAUGGUUAGCUCUGCCAUUUAACGAAGAAGGAAAGAAGAAUAAACUAAUGGCACAAUUUGGAGUCAGAGGUAUUCCAGCAUUGGUUAUUUUAAAUGGCGAGACAGGAAAAGUUUUAUCAAAAGAUGGUCGUGCAGACACAGCCAGUGAGGCUUACCCUACAAAAUGGAAAAUAUCAUGAUGCCAUUAAUAGUGUACUCUUGAUUAAUUUUUUCUGAGUUAAUUAUACAGUCAAUCAUAUGCUAUGUUCAAUAAUGUAAAAUGAUUAUACAUAUUAGUAUGACUUGGUUAAAAAAAUGUAUCUCUAUACUACCA